AUGCUAAUCCUCGAGAGUCUCUCUUCACUCCUGGGAGUGCGAUCAGGAAGAAUUCCGUUUCGUGCCCAAAAUCGAAUCCUCCAAGCCAUACAGCAACACCUCGAGUACCAUGCAUUUCAGUUCGCUCACAAAUGGCUGCCAGAGAAGUCUCUCAUGAACGGGUGGGCGUGUCCGAAGGAAUUAGAGCUACACACAUUCUUCACCUUUUUGGCAAAGAACAAGACCAAAGUGCAGCUCAGUGCCUUCCAUCAAGCCAGUAGCGCCCUAGUGAAAAUGAAGGGCCCUGUAUCCGCGAUCCGCCAUGCCGCUGUCCAUCGUCUGAUUCAGGAUCGUGAAUCUCUCCUGCAGAUGAAUCGCAUUGCCAUUGAAUUUGUGAUGGCUACCGGUGUAUCCUCCCACCCUGGGAAGCUUUGCCGCCUCUUUGACUUCUUGAAGACAAGAAUUCCGAAGUCAGACCGACUGGCUUAA